AUGGAGCAGUCCUCUUUGAUCAACCUUCAACUAGUGCAGAGUCAAGUAGUAAACCGUCAGGUGACCCUGUGCCCGGUCCUGUCAACAUCAACAGUGAUAAAUGCUCCAACACUGAAACCUGGUGUGCCCGAAGAAGACGAGGUAGACUUGGAGCUUUACAAGCUGCCAGGAACCAUCCAGAGACAACGAGAUGAUAAAUUAUGCCGUCACAAUUCUAACGGUUGCUGUGUUCACUGCUCCCCUCUUGAACCUUGGGACGAGGGUUACUUGAAGGAGCACAACAUCAAGCAUUUAUCAUUCCAUUCUUACUUACGCAAGAUUACAUCUGGCAAAUUCAUUUCCCUAGAUGAGCUCUCAUGUAAAAUUAAACCAGGGUGCGCGGAGCAUCCGCCGUGGCCGCGCGGCAUCUGCUCCAAGUGCCAGCCGGGCGCCGUGACGCUGAACCGGCAGCCCUACCGGCACGUGGACAACGUGCUGUUCGAGCGCGCCGCGCUGGUGGAGCGGCUGCUGGCCUACUGGCGCGCCACCGGCCACCAGCGGCUCGGCUUCCUCUACGGCCACUACGAGCGGCACCCCGACGUGCCUUUGGGCAUACGCGCGCGCGUGAGCGCCAUCUACGAGCCGCCGCAGGAGAGCGGGCGGGACUUCAUCACGCUGAGCCCCGACCCUCACUCGCAGCUGCUGGACGAGCUGGCGCUUCGGCUGGGGCUGCGGCGCGUGGGCUGGAUCUUCACGGACCUGCUGCCCGACGACCUGGCGGCGGGCACGGUGCGCCAAGUCAGGGGCGUGGACACGCACUUCCUGUCCGCCCAGGAGUGCAUCACGGCCGGCCACUACCAGAACCAGCAUCCGAACGUCUGCCGGCACGCAUCUUCGGGCCACUUUGGCUCAAAAUUCGUCACCGUCUGUGUCACAGGCGACAGCCAGAAGCAGGUGCACCUGGAGGGCUACCAGGUGUCAGGGCAGUGCCAGGCCCUGGUGAGGGACGGCAUCCUGCUGCCGACCAAGGACGCGCCGGAGCUCGGCUACAUCCGGGACUGCAGCCCGCAACACUACGUGCCGGACGUGUACUACAAGCAC